AUGAAAGAUCCACUAAAGGUUUCGGAUUUGGUGCGCCGGCGCUUGGAGACUCAGGAUGAGAAUUCUGCUGUAUCUCUGGCCAGAGAAGCAAGCAGGACUAUGAAUACAGUAGUUUCGUGGAAUGUGAUAAUCCAGUAUUACUUGCGGAAUGGGAGGAUUAAGCGCGCAUUCCAAGCCUACAACGAGAUGAAAAAGCGCAAAAUCUUACCAGACUCCCACACCUUCACCUUAAUCCUCAACGGUCUCUCCGAGAACACCCAAUUCGGCCAAACCCUCUCCCGCGCCCUUCAAGUCUACAACUCUCUCUCAAACCCCAAAUCACCUAUUAAACCCAAUGUUUUCCACACCAACGCCAUUCUCCGCGUAUGUUCACGCGCCGAGGACCUUGAUUCUAUGUGGGCCAUUGUCGGUGGCCUUCCCGCGAAGGGUCCAAAUGCUCCAAAUACGCAGACCUACACGAUCUUGCUGAACGGAAUACAGGCGACUAAAGCGGCUGCGACGGACGUUGAGGAUGGCCGUAGGGUGUGGGCGGGGGUGCUGUCAAAAUGGAUCAAGGGCCAGUUAUGGAUUGACGAAGCGCUGGCGUGCGCUAUGGGACGAGUACUGCUUAGAAGUGAGCGGGAAGCGGACUGGAAGGAGGUUUUUACCCUGUGUGAGCAAGUAUAUGGAAUUGAGUCGCUGGUUCCAAAAGAUCCUAUAAAACCGCACACGAAGGACACCAUCUUUUCUGGGCAAACGAACCAGAAGUUCCCAUUGGUCCCCGUUGGGAAGGGUAGUCCACCGAUAGAGCUAAAGGUCCCGGCACCAUUCGAUCCCAACACCGAGACUACCUUCUCCCCCAUCGCCAAACCAUACCCCACUUCCACACGCCCCCUGCCUAGUAACCAGACACUAUCGCUCAUCCUUGAGGCGUGCACGAACCUCGGCGACCCAAUCACUGCAUACAAGUACUGGUCAAUCCUCACCGCCGCCCCUUACAACGUCAAACCUGACCUGGUCAACUACCAUGACUAUCUCCGUAUCCUCCGCCGCGAACGUCUUGGGCCCGAGGCUCUCAAGCUUGUAAAAUCGAUGGACAUCACCCCCACCGCAAAAACGUUCUACAUCGCACUCUCAUCCUGUAAGCGUCAUGGCCGCAGUGCUGCCUUCAGCUCCGCACAGGCACUCCUCGAUCUCAUGAUCAAGAAGUGGCAGAUCCCUGUCGAUGUGAAAGUUUGGAAUAUGUUUCUGCAAGUUUCGGUUAAGACGGGAGACCCCGCAAAUGUGAAACAGGCACUGCGUAGGGUUGAUGAUGAGGUUGACCUGGAGCUUGAGCUGGUGAGGAGACGGAAGUCGCCGAUGCUUGUGGAGAGAUGUCUGGAGAUGGCCAGGACUUUGAUCAGUGUUAUGGAUGUGCUGAUGAACAGCGAUGGGAAGCUGGCAAAGGAGACAACGUGGGGUCAUGGGGAGCGGGCGAGCUUUGAGAACAGGAGAAAAGAACUGAGCGCGUUGGUGACGAGGUUUGGAGCGGGAGCAAAGAGAAGAGCUUAUAAAAUUGAGAUGGAGGGCGAGGACUAUGCAUAG